UCUGGCUGCGAGUCUCAUUGUUCUGACAUAGAUCGAAAAGCAAGGGAUGGCUGCUGACGGCUAGCGCAAGUGAAGUCUGUUACAUACACUCGCGGCAUAGGACAAAGAAAAAUACUUCUCAACAAAAGGCUUGUUGGAGUAGCCCACUCAAGGACAAUUUUGCCGAAAUCUUUGUCAAUUAAAUGGUGUAUUGGCAAGGCUAUGAAAUGGUGCGGACAAGAAUGACUUAAUUUGUUAAAACAAAUGGAAGGUCUAGUCCACCUCACUGGAUAUAUCGAAUCGCUACGUUAAAACAACCACGCUCGCCAGUCAUUGUUCCGUUUCUUGUUGGGACGUAUUUCUUGGAAUUGAUUUUGUCCUAUCCGUCUCGACGGUUUCAGGCUAACGGUAGGCUACUGGGGCGUGGGUGUAGUCACUGGACACCUUUAAAUGUGUUCAAGCUAAGAUGGUUUAUCAGUUUUCACUGAAACGAUGUUCGCCGGUGGCGCUGUGCGUGUUGACUGUCCUGGCAUGGAGUUGGGGUUCUGCCAUGGCGGGUCGGAGUUGCACCGAGACACGACAGGUGUAUGGAGAGAAGGGUUACAGCCUCAGCACUGCCCCGCUGACACAGAUAUCUGGUGAACACCUGAGGCUCUGCCCACAGGACUACACCUGCUGCUCCACCCUGAUGGAGGAAACGCUGGCAGGCCAGAGCGAGAGCGACUUCCUGUCCGCCAUCGACGACAGCAGCCAGUUCCUCCUUACCUCCUUCACUCAGAGGCACCGCAAGUUUGAUGAGUUUUUCAGAGAGCUUACGGACCUGGCAGAGAAGUCCAUGAAUCAGAUGUUCACCAAGACCUAUGGUCGUAUUUACACCCAGAAUUCACAUGUCUUCCAGAACCUGUUUGUUGAACUCCGUCAUUAUUACUCCGGGGGCACUGUGAGCCUGGGAGAGGUUAUGGCUGAGUUCUGGUCUCGGCUAGUUGAGCGAAUGUUUUCCCUGGUCAAUCCCCAGUACCAGUUCAGUGAGGACUACUUGGAGUGUGUCAGCAAACAUGCAGAACAGCUUCAGCCUUUUGGAGAUGUGCCUCGUAAGCUCCGCAUACAGGUGUCCAGGGCUUUCAUAGCAGCCAGAGAGCUUGUCCAAGGCCUUGCCACUGGUCGUGACAUUGUGAGCAAAGCAGUAAAGCUGAAUGUUGGAUCUGAGUGUGUCCGUGCCCUGAUGCGCCAGUGGUACUGCCCACUCUGUCGAGGGAUACCCACGGUCAAGCCCUGCCACUCACUGUGCCUUAACGUGAUGAAGGGUUGCCUGGCCAAUCAGGCAGACUUGGACUCGGAAUGGAACAAUUUCAUUGAUGCACUGGUGGUGGUAGCUGAUAAGCUGGGAGGUCCCUUCAACAUGGAGCUGGCUGCUGACUCCAUUGCUGUCAAGGUGUCGGAGGGGAUCAUGCACAUGCAGGAGAACAGUGUCACCAUCUCCACCAAGGUGUUCCAGGGCUGUGGCCAUCCCAGGCCUGCACCGAGCAGGUCCAAGCGCUCCCCUAAGGAACCGCGUGGAAACAGGAAACCAUUCCGGAACUACAGCCCUGAGGAGAGACCCACCACUGCUGCCGGAACCAACCUGGACCGCCUGGUGUCCGAUCUGAAGGAGCGCUUGCGCCCCAUGAAGGGCUUCUGGGUGUCCCUGCCGCAUACUGUCUGCAAUGAUGACAAAAUAGCCGCGGACGUUACCAACGAGGACCGAUGUUGGAACGGACAAACUCGAGGACGAUAUUUGCCAGAUGUGACUGGAGACGGUCUGGUCAGUCAAAUCAACAACCCCGAGGUGGAGGUGGACAUCGCCCGGCCGGACAUCCGCACCCGCCAGCUUAUCAUGGAGCUGCGUGUAGCCACCAACCGCCUGAGGCACGCCCAGGCAGGACAGGACACAGACUUUGUGGACACCGAGGGUGAGGACAGUAGUGGCUCAGGGGACGGGGAUGGAGGAGAGAGGUACAGCGAUGAUUGGCCGGGCUAUGGCCCCUACUCCCCGCCCUACAGCAAGGUACCACGGAACCCUAGCAACCCUAGCCGACCCACCCGCCCGCGUGACCGGACCGGAACCAAGUGGAACCGGGCCAACCAGGGCCGGGGGAAGUCAGCUGCCACGCCUUCACUCACAGCCUCUCACGCCCCCCUCGUCAGUCUGUCACUGGUGCUCUCUCUCGCCCCCUUGUGGAGGUAACCUGCUAUGGCUGUAGGCUGUAGUACAGAUUUGGACAGAGGAUUGAGGGGGAGAAAAGAAUGUCAUAGUGAAAACAUUGUGCCAUUGUCUUUCUAAAGCACAUCAGCCCAAUAGAUGAUGCAAAAUGUCUCAGUGAACCACCAGCUGAUUUUUUAAUAGGUAUUGCAAAAAUUCCCAAUCAGAAAUAUCACCCUAAUAUUAUUAAGAUACAACAAUAGCACAAAUGAGGUGAAGGUCGAUGUUAAAUAAUCCCACUAACAUCAGAGGUGACUGUAAACUUGGGCAGCUAAUGGUUUAAUCAUUUCAAAUAUGAAAACUCUCAAGCAGUAUCUCUCCUAGUCAUUAUUCAUAAAAAAGUCAGGAUUUCAGUUUGUGUAAAUAUCCACGUACACACACUCCACAAACAAAAUGGAGACAGUUUACAUAUUAUCAGCAAGGUAAGCGUUAAUAAUUUUUAAAUAACAAUUAUUGAACCAUCAUUGAGAAUUAGCAAACUCAGAAUUAGCAGUCCAACCGCAUCAUGUUAGUCUUACUUUUGAACUCUAUGCAGUUUGUAAAUCACUGAGCUACAUAGCAUCUUUUUAAUGUAACAAUUUCUUUAGUUGAAUCAAUGGGUCGGGGUUGUCCUUUCUACCUGAUCUAAACCAAGCACCUUUCUCAUAAAUCAAUGAGAGUACUGACGUUACAAAUGAUGUGUUGUGCAUCACUCACAAUGAGCAGUUUUUCAUAUAUCAAAACAAAACACAAAAACAGUCAGACUCUGUAAAUUACAAAAUGCCAUGUUCACCAUUAGGAAACUAAGAGUGUGUGAAAUUCAGGAGACCAUACACAUAGAACAAAACAUUUUAUAACAAUGACAAGUGCAUCCCAUGUCUAUUUUUCAGACUGGUGAUGGGAAUUUAGAUAUGUGAUUCUCCCCUGUGCACACAGUGGCCCUGAGCAGUGCUGAGGGCAUCCAUGAAAUCCUUGACCUUUUUUUGUUCAGCACCUGGGAUGUGCACAAAGUCUCCUUGGAAGUAAGCAUCCAUGAAAUCCUGGCAUUGUUCGCCAGCAUGGCACAGGUAUUCUUAUUGGUGUCUUAUUGUGAUAGAUUUGUAAGGGUUUCUAAUGUUCUUAUGUAUUUAUUUAUUAUUUAUUUUAAAGUACUUAUGAAUGUUAAAUUUGCAGAUGUAACUGCUGAAUGUUGAAACCAGAAGAGUGUGAAUUCAGUUUACUUGUUAUUCCAUAAAUGUGUAGCCUUUUUUUUUAGAGGAGUCCAGUUUGUUGGAUUUACUUUUACCUUUUUAACUUGGAGUGAAGCGAGGUCCAUUUUGGUACUCUUAGUUUAAUGAUAUACUGUAGGUUUUUUCUUUUUUUUUAAUGGAAUCGCUGCUGGUCUGAUGAAAGGUUUUUGUGUUGAAUGGCAGCAUUGUCAAGACUGUAGGGCUUUCUGUCUGAGUGAAAAAGGCAAGAUGACCUUGAUGAAAUGACAGAAAAUGGGAAAGAAGACCUUAGUCCUGUGGAAGGAUGCACAGUGCAUGGGUUCCACUGAUAAAUAGUCCAGUGAUGAAAGACAAAUGAAAAAAGAAACCGUGUUUGUUUGUGAUGGCAAAACAGAUGGAGACGGAGAGAGAGAGGGAAACAUACAGAUGGACUGUGUAUUGGCCUUGGGGGAGAGUGGGAGGAGAGGAAAUGUACAAACAGAACACGUGAAGUGUGAAUGAAAGGAUUAAACAAGUUAGAUGUGAAACAAAUGGAAGCAAAGGGAGAAGAAAAACAAAAGCCUUCUGAAUGUUGAAGCACACACCUUAUUUUUACUAAUGUUUGCAUAUCAUUAUUUGUGUGCUAUGGAUGGUGUGUGUGCACGCGCAUGUGUGCGUGCGUGCGUGCGUGUGUGUGUGUCUGUCUGUCAUUACAUUAGUUUGGUGGUGUAGUAAUACUAAGUCAACUGUUCAAUCCUUGAGAUGGGCUGUUUCUGCCUAUUGCAUAUGACAAUACCACAAAACAAAACUCAUACAGUAAGGUGACUACACCAAUGUACAGUAGAUUGUUCUGGUACUCUUUAUGUGACGUAGUCCAUAAUGUCCAUACCACUUUAGAAAUGAUAACUAAAUAAAAAAAAAACA